AUGGGUUUCGCUAGCAAACUCGCCGCUGCCAACGCCGCCUCUGGUGCCGCUCCUGGCGGUGCUCCCGCCGCCGGUGGUUACGGAGCUCCUGCCCCCGCUGCAGGUGGCUACGGUGCCCCCGCUGCCCAGCAAGCUUACGGCUACGGUUCGACUACUCAACCCGGCGCCGCCGGCGCUGGCGCUGGCGCUUACGGCCAGCCUGCUGCUGGAGGUUAUGGUCAGCCUGCCGCUGGAGCCUACGGACAGACCCAGCCCGGUCAGGCGUACGGCCAGCCCCAGCAGGCGGGCCAGUACGGCGCCCCUGGUGUCCCUCCUCGUCCCGGACAGCCCGGUGCCCCGGCUGCGGCCGGUGCUGCGGCCGGAGCUGCGGCGGGUGCCUAUGGAGCCCAGCAAGGUCAAUAUGGCCAGCAGCAGGGUCAGUACGGCCAGCAGCAGGGCCAGUACGGUCAGCAGCAGGGCCAGUACGGUCAGCAGCCAGGUCAGUACGGCCAGCAGCAGGGCCAGCAAGGCCAGUACGGCCAGCAGCCCGGUCAGUACGGUGCCCCCGGACAGCAAGGCCAGUACGGUGCCCAGCAGCCCGGUCAGCAGCCUGGCCAGUACGGUGCUCCUCAAGGCCAGUACGGCGCGCAGCAGCCUGGACAGUACGGAGCCCCCGGUGCUGCCCCUGGCGGACCUCCCCCUGCCGGCGGUCUCGACGCCAAUGCCAUUUCGCGUAUCCUCAACCAGUGCAUCCAGGAGCAAAAGAUCCAGGCGUUCUACCGCGACCCCAACGCCGUCAUGCAGGUCGCCCAGCGCGUUGUCCAGACCGGCGCCCUCCAGAAGCUCUCGGCCAUGUGGAAGCUCCCCAUGGAGCUCGCCGCUGACCUUGCCAAGCUCUCCCUCUUUGACGUUGUCGUCCUGAUCGACGAUUCGGGAUCGAUGGCGUUUGAGCAGAACGGCGAGCGUAUCGACGACCUCAAGUCGAUCCUCGGCAAGGUCGCCGCUGCCUGUGCUCUCUUCGACGACGACGGCCUCCAGGUCCGCUUCCUCAACAACAACCUCCAGGGCAACAACAUUACCACCGAGCAGGCUGCUGAGCAGCUCGUCUCGCAGGUCCAGUUCAGCGGUCUUACCCCACUCGGUACUUCGCUCGACGCCAAGAUCCUUCAGCCCCUCCUCCUUGGCCCCGCGCGCUCCAACCAGCUCCGUAAGCCUCUGCUCGUCAUCGCCAUUACCGACGGCGCCCCCGCCGGCGAGGACAGGGGCAAGCUCGCGCAGGUUAUCGCCAACGCCAACAACCAGCUCAGGAGCACUCCUUACGGCCCCGACGCCGUCAGCUACCAGUUUGCCCAGGUCGGCAAUGACCGCGGCGCGCAGCAGUUCCUCUCGUCUCUCGACGACGACCCGACCAUUGGUUCGCUCAUCGACCAGACCAUGGAAUACGAGUACGAACAGCAGCAGAUGAUGCAGAAGACAGGCCACAACCUCAGUCCCGAGAUGUGGUUGCAGAAACUUUUGCUCGGCCCCAUCGACAACUCGUACGACAUGAAGGACGAGUAA